AUGAAGCGCAUCUUCGGUCGCAAGGAGAAGGUCCCGCCUCCCUCACUGGAUCAGGCCACUGACAAGCUGAACACGCGGGGUGACACCAUCGAUGAGAAGAUCAGGAAGCUGGAUGCGGAGCUGGUGAAGCACCGGGAGAACAUCAAGCGGACACGGCCCGGGCCCGCCCAGGAGGCGGCCAAGCGGCGGGCGUUGACCGUGCUGAAGCAGAAGAAGCUGUACGAGAGCCAGCGUGACCAGCUGUACAACCAGCAGUACAACAUAGAGCAGACCAGCUUCGCCAUCCAGUCCAUGCAGGACUCGGUGCACACAGUGCAGGCCAUGGCGGUGCGCAGGGUCGUGGCGCGGGGAGUGAUGACCUGGAGGGGCGCCGCGAGUGGGGCUGCCGGCAAGGAGCUGAAACAGACUAUGAAGCACAAGGAUCUGCGCAUCGAGAACAUAGAGUCCAUGCAGGACAGCAUGCAGGACCUGCUGGACAUGCAACACGAGAUCACGGAGGCACUGGGCGCCAACUACGCGACCCCGGAUGACAUCGACGAGUCAGAGCUCAUGGGGGAGCUGGAUGCGCUAGAGGACGAGCUCACAAUGGAGAGCGAGGCUGGGGGCAGCGUGCCCGCCUACCUGCAGGAACCGGACCUCCCGGCAGCCCCCACUGCCCAGGCUGCGGGGGCCGAGGGCACCGACAGCUUUGGGCUGCCGGCGGUGCCGGCCAUGCCCCAACGAACGUGA